GCGACCCAAGGGCGGAGGGGCUGCGCGGGACCGGCGGGGACCCCCCCUCCCCCGGGCUGGAGAGGGGACACCCGGGACUCUUCGGAGAUGGACGUCCAGGGGCGGCAGGUGAUGGAGAAAGACCCGGCGCCCCGAACCCCUUGAGCCUCCCUUGAGACCCGAGUGAGGCCAGCAUGGGCCGAGGGCUGCCCGCAUCCUGCCUGCUUCUCCUCGGCUGGCUCCCGGCAGGGUGCCUGUCCUUGCUGGUCACCGUCCAGGACACGGAGCGCUAUGUGACCCUGUUUGCCUCUGUCACCCUCAAAUGUGAUUACACCACCUCUGCUCAGCUCCAGGACGUGGUGGUGACGUGGCGCUUCAAGUCCUUCUGCAAGGACCCCAUCUUUGACUACUUCUCUGCCUCGUACCAGGCAGCUCUAUCCCUGGGCCAGGACCCCUCCAAUGACUGCAAUGACAACCAGAGGGAAGUUCGCAUCGUGGCCCAGCGGCGGGGGCAGAACGAGCCAGUGCUGGGGGUGGAUUACCGGCAGCGAAAGAUCACCAUCCAGAACCGAGCUGACCUUGUGAUUAAUGAAGUGAUGUGGUGGGACCAUGGAGUCUACUACUGCACCAUUGAGGCUCCAGGGGACACAUCAGGAGACCCAGAUAAGGAGGUGAAGCUCAUUGUCCUACACUGGCUGACGGUCAUCUUCAUCCUCAUGGGAGCUCUCCUGCUGCUGCUGCUGAUUGGAGUGUGUUGGUGUCAAUGCUGUCCUCAGUACUGUUGCUGCUACAUCCGCUGUCCCUGCUGUCCCACCCAUUGCUGCUGUCCCGAGCAAGCCCUGGCCCGCCACCGCUACCUGAAGGAGGCUCAGGCCCUAGGUCCUCAGAUGGUGGACAAACCCCUGUUCUGGGGGGCGGACAGGAGCUCACAGGUUUCAUCUUUUGCAAUGAACCCACUGCUUCAGCAAGGUUCGUCCUUCGGGUCCAGCCUUCCACAAAUGCCAUUGACUCAGGCAGCUGCUCACCCUCCCGUAGCCAACGGCGUUCUGGAAUAUUUGGAGAAAGAGCUUCGAAACCUCAACCCAGCCCAGCCUCUGCCCCACGACCUCAAAGCCCGGUCGGGCCAUCCGUGCAGCGUGCUGUCCUCCCUGGGCUCCGAGGUGAUAGAACGCAGGGUCAUCCACCUGCCCCCGCUGAUCAGAGACCCAGGGUCGUCCAGGGCCAGCGACUCCUCCCAACAGCGGUGGUCCUCCAGAGCCUGGGAUGUGAGCCAGGGCAGGAGGCAGCGCCAUCCCUCCAAUCUCCCCCUGGAUUUCCAGAACCGGGGCCCUAGACCCCGGUCCCCGGGGAGAAGGGAGCUGGACCCACGGUGGAGAGGGAGGCACCACAGCUCUAGGCCCCAUGGGUCUCCCACGCCCUGGUCAGACUGGGACAGCCUCAGCGAAGGCCCCUCAUCCAGUGAGUCCAGAGGGCGCCCCAGCCGCCCAGCUCCCCAGAGCCACCACGGGCACCAUGGUCAGGGGCACCAUGGUCAGAGGCCCCGCAGGCCUGGCCCCAGGGAUCCCCCUGCCCAGAGGCAGGGCAGAGGCCGGCCUCGCAGCUACUCCCCUCCGCUGCCCUCUGGCCCAAGCUCCUGGAGCUCCGAGGACGAGAAUGAGAAGCUACCCAGAGGCUGGGAGGUGCCCAGGCGGGGACAUCGCCAUUCACACUCCCCGAGCUGGCCAGAGGAAAAGCCACCCAGCUACUGCUCCCUGGAUGUCACUUCAGGCAAGAAUGGCAGGAAAAAAGGGAAUGUGGAGAGGCGCUCGGAGAGAGACAGCUCCCAUAGCGGGAGGAGUGUGGUGAUUUAGUCUCCGGGCGCGACACUACUUCCGUAGCUAACUUCUCAGCUCCCGUGUGUCACCUGCAGCCUCCCCUGCAUUUCCAGAUGCCUUGGGAAGGAUGCUGCACAUCUGCAUGUCACAGCGUGGGCUAGAUUCUGAGACUCACACAGAAGACUAGUGGAAGCAAGUCCCCGCGGGAUUCCCGACUAGCUUCAGCUGAGGUUCACGCCCUUGCCAUGGUUCUAUAAUCUCUCACUUGUAAGGGAUCCUAGCUGGCAUGGGAUCCCUCAGGAUCAUGGGAGCUGAGUCUUCAAAGAGGUUACAGUGUUCAAGAUUGUGGCACUCUGGCACUCUCUGAGUGAGAAGUCGGGAAGGUUUAAGAAGAAAUUGUCCUGUUUCCCAGAAGCAAGAAAUCUAUGGAGUAUUAUGGGGAAAUUUCCAUGGGAAUUUGUCUCCGUCUGUUGCAAAGCUUGAGGGUCUUUCCAUGUUAGGAGUCUAGCCUGGUGUCCCAGUUCAAAGCACUCCCGAAUUUCCAGUCAGACCCAGCCAGCAGUUUCAUACCUCUUUGCCCUUUCACAAGGUAUUUACUGUAACUGUAGGAAAAUCACAGGGAAACAGUCUUGCAACUACCUUAUUUCUGGAUUUUUGUUUGUUUGUUUUCUUGCUCGUUUUUCCCUUCUACAUCUAAAUUAUAUUUACUUAUAUAUUAUGUGUCCAUUGAAAUU